UAAUCUAUUCAAAAUUUAGUCUGGAAAGAUGUAAGGACCAAUAAUUGUAUAAAUCCUCUUGAUAUAUAAAAUAAACAACUAUGAAAAAACUAGAAAAACCAGCCAAUUUGGUCUAAAAGAACAUGUACAAUUGAGAGUUAGAAAAAUCACAAUAAUUAAGUCACGACCCAUGAGGUAGGUGAGACUUAUAAAGGCAUCUCCUAAUUCAUUCACCAUUCAUUUUCUCCACCUCUCUCUUCUUUAAUCUCUCUAAAGUCAAGCUUUUCUUCUGAAAGGGAACACCUUCCAAGAACCAAGAAAGGCAAAAUAAGAACAGAGCAUCCAAAGAACAACCCAUUAAUGGAGAUAGAAGUGGCAGUAGCAUCAGCAGAACUCAAUUUCGACAGCACAACUUCUUCUCCUUACAUAACAGCUCCUUCAAGCCCAACUCGAUUUGGUAACAACAAUGUUUUCUUUUUCAGUGCACCCACAAGUCCUUCUCCUUCCACUUCCUCUAACAUACCUUAUGAUUGGGAUGACCAACCAAGAACUCCCAAGAAGAGAUCAGCCAGCGAUUUCGAAGACGAUUUUGAGUUCAAUUUCAGUGGUCAAUUGGAGAAAACUUCUUUCUCUGCUGCUGAUGAGCUCUUUGAUGGAGGAAAGAUUCGACCUUUAGGGCCACCACUCACUCCUACUGUUUCUUCUCCUAGAUCUAGGGAUCUUGAGAUAGAAGUUUCCGAUGAUCAAAAAGAUCGAGGAAGAGAUCGGUCUCCGGGAUCUUCUUCUUCGCGUUAUGAUCGUAAAGGAAGCCGUUCUAUGUCUCCGUUGAGAGUUUCAGACAUUAUGGUUGAUGAAGAAGAAGAAGUACAAUCAACAAAAUUGGUUGCUUCCAACACAAGCAACCAAAAAUCCUCUGUUUUCUUGUCAGCGAUUUUGUUCCCUGGUCGAGCAUAUAAGAAGUGGAAACUCAAAGAUCUAUUGCUGUUCAGGAGCGCAUCGGAUGGAAGACCGGUUCCGACCAAAGAGUCCUUGAAUAGAUACGAUAUACUUACAAAGAAAGAGGCCGAGGAUGUGAAAAAUUCGAGUAUCAGGUCGAGAGAGAGUUGUGAGUCGUCGGUGUCUAGGUCAAGGAGGAGGAACGGAGCCGUGGUAUCGGCUCACGAGAUGCAUUACACUGAGAACAGAGCAGUGUCGGAGGAAUUGAAGAGGAAGACAUUCUUGCCGUACAAGCAAGGCUGGUUAGGCUGCUUAGGGUUUAACCCUGCGGUCAAUGAAAUUGCAAGAGUUGGGUCAUUGUCACGUGCUUCCUCUUGAUCCCUCUUGUACUUUUUUUGUUCUUAUAUAUUAUUUCUUUCUUUUUGAACAAAGUUCUUAUAUAUUAUUUAUUCGCUUU